UCCCUCCUGUCUCAAGUGCGCAGUCUCUCUUCUCGGUUCCCCCGUUGUUCUUUCCGCCCCUCUCUCUUUUCUAUACUUCCUGCUUCUAUCACACGGCAAAAGUCAGAGUAGCCUAAUUAAAGUCUGUAAAUCCAGUAAAUUCUCCAGUUAUCUUGGCAACCUGCUACAGAGAUCAAAAUGGCCGACCGCACCAUUCCUCAUGCAUACCCAAUGAGUUUGAAUUACGAGAUGUGUACUCCUCCUCGAAUCUAUGAUCAGAACUUUGCAGAGGCACUGUCUCCCAAGGAGCUGUUGGCCCCUGUCCUAUACCACGGUUACUACAUUCGUCCCCGCAUCAACAAGCAGCUCGAGAGGGGCUUCUCUCAGGUAGACAGUGAAGACGACUGGUAUCGAGUUUUGCUGGACGUGUGCCAGUUCACACCAGAUGAGAUCAGUGUGCGAACUGUGGACAACCUGUUGGAGGUGACUGGACGUCACGCUCAGCGAAUGGACCAGCAUGGCUUCGUGAGUCGUGAGUUUACCCGCACGUAUAUCUUGCCAAUGGGUGUGGAUCCGCUGCUGGUGCAGGUGUCUAUCUCACAUGACGGGAUAAUGUGUAUCCAGGCCCCACGAAAAACUGAGGACCUGGAGCCUAAAAUCAACCAGCUCAAGAUUAAAAUGGACAGCUAGGAAAGCAAAAGUUAAUAGAAGCAGGCCCACAUGGAAAGACACCAUAGAAAAGUCAACGGAGUUGGAAUGCCCAACAUUUUGCUUGUUUGUUUAUUAAAAAAAAA